AUGAUUUCCAUCUAUCCCAUGACGUUCGAAAACAAACCUUAUUUUAUAUACUGGUUAGCCGAAUCUGAGCAUUUAGGCAUAACUGACGGUGGAAGCGUCUUGUAUCAAGAAAAGCUUAAUCGCAAUCGUCGAACUGAAUUUUUGAAGCAGGAAAUAGAUGAUGAGCUAUGGGAAAAAAUAAUAGAAAAAGAAUUGAACUUGAAGCAACUCUCUGAUACCCAUGUGACGAUCUCUAGAGGGACUCGAUCGAUUGAGUUGAAAGCCGAAAAGGAUUUCGGCAAAGUACUAAUGAGAGUCAUGGGCAAACUUGUGAAUGUGUAUAACAAAACUAAGAUCUCAGCUUCUCCAAAUAAGGAGGAUAUCCCGAAACCAAAAGCAUCUCCAAUCAAGAAAACCAACUUUGCUAUUCCAUUAAAGAAAAGAAUUCUCGAAUAUCGGGAUGAGAUCAUUGAUUAA